AUGAUCGCAUACCUGGACGACAGAGAGAGAGAGAUGACUGUUGUCAGCUCUUACCUUGACGUAAUGAAAGAGGUACAAGUUGUGUACUCAAGCAAUGAAUUGGACGGAAUAGUGCUUGAUCAAGCUAAUGAUUAUGUAGUGUGUUUUGCAUUAUCCUAUUUGAAGGAGAAAGAAGAGUAUGUGGUGGUCUUGGAGAACUACUUAAUGGAAGAAUCUAAGAGUGAUUUUUCACUGAUGCCUUACUACCCCAACGCAGCUUGGAAAUCUGCAGCAGAAAAGUGGUUUCGCUCGGGAGAGGUAAUGACCCUAACCAGGCAAACCAUACAUCUGUUCCUAGACUUCAAAGAGUCAAACAAAGGCAGAGAGAAUCUUGCAUUCUGCAUUGCAUCAAGUCCAAACAAACUCCUCACUGCGUCCAUCCAUGUCUACGAAAGAGGGACACUUUUGAGUCCACAGUUUGAGCUGCCAUCAAAGCCAGGUGUCCCCACCAUCAAGAGUCUGGAGCAUGACUGUGUCCACUUGCAAGUCAACCCUCCCAACCUUGGUGUUACCUCUGUAGAGUCAUACCAGGUUUUGUACCAGGCUGAGCAGGCUGACUCUGAGUGGACAGAGGUCAAACCUGAUGCUACAACUAACCAGGUCACCAUCCGUAAUCUGGACCCUUACAAAAAGUACCGCUUUAGCUGCAAAGCGGUGUGUAGACCUGGUGUGAGCCUCUCCAGUGACUGGACAGAAUACUUCAGGACCCGUUCAUGUAGCCCCCCUGGACCACCCACAGAGAAGAGCAUAGAAUCGGGACGUAUCAGAGUGAACUGGGACAUUCCUACCAUGGUUGGAGACAAUGUUUUAGUCAUUGGUUAUGUGGUUGAAUACAGACGGAGUGUAAAGGCUAUAGACAAUCAGAUGUGGCAUACAAUCAACACCACCACUAUAGAGAGUACACUGGAAGGACUAGAGGCUGACACUGCAUACAGCAUCAGGGUCUCUGCUAACUGUGGCGAAGCAGGGAAGAGUCUACCUAGUCCUGAGACUGUGCUGACUACCAUUAGGGUCUCUGAUGCCCAACCGAAGACGAGCAAAUCAACCGGAGCAAAAAGUGAGGAAUUCCUCAAAAAAUCCCAGAAGGUGGAAAAGGGCAACCCCUCAAUCCACUGGCUGAAUCUGGAACAGAAGUUUGGUGUAAAUGAAAGUUUUGGCCAGUACAUAUUUGGGAAGAAGGUUGAGCAAGGGAAUAACAAGGUGAUAUUGCUACUGGGGGCCACAGGUGCAGGAAAAACAACUCUGGUCAAUGUCAUGAUAAACUAUAUUCUCGGGGUAAAGUGGGAAGACUGUUACCGCUUUAAGCUCAUCCAUGAGGUGACCAACAAGUCACAGGCUGAGAGCCAGACUAUGGUUGUGACAUCAUACGAGGUCUACAACCAGCCAGGCUUCCAGAUUCCUUAUUCUCUGACUAUCGUUGACACACCAGGGUUCGGAGACACCAGAGGAAUGGCUCAGGAGAAAUUGCUCAUCCAGAUGGUGAAGGAUUUCUUGUGUAAUCCUUUAGGGAUUGAUCACAUUGAUGCAGUCUGCUUUGUAGUGCAGGCACCACUUGUUCGUCUCAGUCCUUCCCAGAGAUCCAUCUUUGAUUCCAUCCUGUCCAUCUUUGGAAAGGAUGUUGCUGAAAACAUCCUGAUGCUUGUGACAUUUGUUGAUGGGAAGCAGAUACCGGCGCCAGAGGCCAUCAAAGCUGCAAAUCUGCCCUGUAAGAAAAACAAGAAGGGGCAACCAACCCAUUUCAAAUUCAACAGUUCAAUUCUGUUCACAAAGCAGAUGGAGAGCAGCAGUGAAGAGGACGAUACAGAUGAUGAUGAUGAUGAUGAUCUUAAGGCACUGUGUCCAGAGCAAUGGAAGUCAACUUUCAAGGAGAUGAAGAAAUUUUUCCAAGCACUGGAAAGCAUUGAGAGCAAAGAUCUGACCCUGACAAAGAAAGUGCUGGAAGAACGUGAGCUUCUAGAGAAGACCAUGACACGCCUGACCCCUCAGAUCACAGCAGGUCUGUCAAAGCUAAGUGAGAUCAAAAGCUUAAAACAGUGUCUGGAGAACGAGAACGAGAACAUGAAACAGAACAAAGAUUUUGAGACCGAGGUAAAUGUGCUGCAGGUGAAGAGAAGCAAAUUAUCCCAGGACUUUGCGACAAACUGCAACGUAUGCAAUUUAACAUGUCACACCUGCUGCUUCCUCCCAAAUGAGGAUGACAUCAAAAGUUGUGCCGUGAUGGAUGAUGAUGGCAACUGUACCGUAUGUCCAGGAAAAUGCUCUUCCAGUGACCACGACAGGGAAAAAGCCUUGUUGACAUAUGUAACAAAGACAGAGAAAAAGACUAUUCAAGAGCUGAAGAACAACUUCAUGAAGGCGUGGGGCAAGUAUAUGUCAACCCAGGAGAUGCUGGGUAAGCUUGAGGAUGAGUUUCACAAGAUCGAGGACGCGCUGAUGAAUUUGAUCAAGCAGUCUUCUGACUGUCUCAAGAGACUUAAUGAAGUUGCACUGAAUCCAAGCUCUCUCUCCACUAUAGAAUACAUUGAGAUACUCAUUCGCACAGAGGGGGACGAACGCAUGCCAGGCUUCGAGGAUCGGAUCGUAGGGUUGAAGAAAAUGAAGGCAGAGUCUGAGAUUCUGGACAAGAUUGCAAAAGGAGUAGAUUUACUCCCAAAUGAGCGAAAAAUUCAUGAAAGAUAA